AUGUGCAGCAGGUCUCUGAACCCCCGAGUGAUCAGCAGGGCCAUCUUCUCCCCCUUCCUUUCCAGUAAAGCAUUGGUCGCCACUGUGGUGCCCAUCCGGAUCCAGCCAGUCCGAGGCGCGCGCAGUAAGUGUCUCCAUGAUCGUGCAGUGCUGAACUGCCAGUACAGCAUGGCCACCUUCAGCACAGCCGAGAGGAAGCGACGCCCGCACGGAGACCGCAAGUCCAGCGAGAUGACCCUCCACCUCAAACAGACCUUCGAGGCGGCCAUCCUGACACAGCUCUACCCACGAUCACAGAUCGACAUCUACGUGCAGAUCCUGCAGGCGGACGGUGGGAACUACAGCUCGUGUGUUAACGCUGCCACGCUGGCCGUGGUGGAUGCUGGCAUCCCCCUGCGGGACUAUGUGUGCGCCUGCUCUGCCGGCUUCCUGGAGGACACGCCCCUCGUGGAUCUGAGCCACGUGGAGGAGUCCUCCGGGGGCACCCAGCUCUCCCUCGCCCUCCUGCCCAAGGCAGAGCACCUGGCCCUGGUGGAGAUGGACGCCCGGCUGCACCAGGACCACCUGGAGGGCUUGAUGGACGCAGCAACACGAGCCUGCAAGGACCUGCACGCAGUGCUGGACAGAGUGGUGAGGGAGCACCUGCAGGAGGUCUCCACGCAGCUCGGGGAGUGAGGAGGGAGAGGAAAAGAGAGGAAGGACUGGACAGAGUGGUGAGGGAGCACCUGCAGGAGGUCUCCACGCAGCUUGGGGAGUGAGGAGGGAGAGGAAAAGAGAGGAAGGACUGGACAGAGUGGUGAGGGAGCAUUGGCAAGUUUCCACGGGAGGGGAGAAGGAGAGGAGAGGGUGAGCAGGGAGUCUGAUCUGCUGACUGUCUUUCUGUACCAUAACCAAAUAAUCCAC